AGGGAGUAGUGCAGCUGACGGAGGAGGUUCGGGGCCGCACAGCGUCGGUCGGACAUUGUGCGGGCAUAACUCUCCGGCGGCAACGGCUAGCACGUCGAGCGUCCACGACGGGCAGAGAGGCGGAGACGGACAGCGGAGGUGGUGGCGGAUAGACCACAGCGGAAGAGGGAAGGAGAGGGAGGGAGAGGGAGGGAGAAGCAGGGAGAGGGGGAGGGGAAGAAGGAGAAAGUUGGCGGCUUGUUAGCUCGGAAGCAGGCAGCUAUGUCGUCGGCCUCCUCGCUCUGCCUGACCCAAGCUGCCAGCCAUGGCGCGGCCCUGCAAAGCGCAAAGGCCGGGCUGACGGCGGCCAGCGCGUCGACAGUCUGCUGCCGCACCACGUCUCCGUCCUCCUCGUUUGUCGUUGUUGCUCCAACGGCCACGUCAUCCUCCUCGCUCCGUCGGUUAUCCACGUCGGCAAGGUCGUUCGACCCCGUCCUCCCCUCCUCCUCCUCCUCCUCCUCCUCCUCGUCUUCGUCGUCGUCAACGUUUCUCGCUGGCGAUGAGAAAGCUUUCCGAGAAGAAGCGAUGGCGCUGGGCAGCCAUGGCGGCUCGCCUUCCUCUUCCCCCUCUUCCACCGUCCUGCGCAUUUACGCCUCCGCGAGCAGCAAGCGUCUCCAGGGGAGAAAGCUCCGCGUUGCAGUCAUUGGUGGGGGACCGGCCGGCGGGUGCACUGCCGAGACCCUAGCCCAGGCCGGCAUAGAGACCUUCUUGAUUGAGCGCAAGCUCGAUAAUGCGAAGCCCUGCGGAGGAGCAAUUCCCCUCUGCAUGGUCGACGAGUUCCAGCUGCCGGCGGAUAUCAUCGACCGCAAGGUCACCAAGAUGAAGAUGAUCUCCCCCUCCAAUGUGGAGGUGGACGUUGGGAGAACGCUGAAGCCCAACGAGUACAUCGGCAUGGUCAGGCGAGAAGUCCUCGACGCCUAUCUGCGAGACAGAGCUGCAUCCUACGGUGCCACCAUCAUCAACGGACUGUUCCUCGGCAUGAAAAUCCCCUCCGACAAAGACAGUCCGUACGUCCUCGACUACACCGACUAUUCUGUCGAUGGAGUCAGCGGAAAGCCGUCGACGCUGGAGGUGGAUGUGGUGAUCGGUGCCGACGGGGCCAAUAGCAGGGUGGCAAAGAACAUAGACGCUGGCGAGUACGACUACGCCAUCGCGUUCCAAGAGAGGAUAAAGAUCCCUGAUGACAAGAUGGACUACUACCAGAACUUGGCGGAGAUGUAUGUCGGCGAUGACGUGUCGCCCGACUUCUACGGGUGGGUGUUUCCCAAGUGCGACCACGUGGCGGUCGGGACCGGGACUGUCAUCAACAAGCCGGCCAUCAAGAAGUACCAGACGGCCAUGCGCGAUCGGGCGAAGACGAAGAUCGCCGGCGGCAAGAUUCUGCGCGUGGAAGCUCAUCCAAUCCCCGAGCACCCGCGCCCUCGUCGCGCAAAGGGCAGAGUGGCACUGGUGGGCGACGCGGCUGGCUAUGUGACCAAGUGCUCCGGGGAAGGGAUCUACUUCGCCGCGAAGUCGGGGCGCAUGUGCGCGGAAGCCAUAGCCGAAGCUUCGGAGAAUGGCGCGAAGAUGGUCGAUGAGUCCGACUUGAGAAUCUACUUGGACAGGUGGGACAAGAAGUACUGGUCGACCUACAAGGUUCUCGACAUUCUGCAGAAGGUCUUCUACCGAUCCAAUCCCGCAAGAGAGGCAUUUGUAGAGAUGUGCGCUGAUGAUUAUGUACAGAAAAUGACCUUUGAUAGCUAUCUGUACAAGACGGUCGUUCCUGGUGAUCCCAUCAGUGACGCUAAAUUGGCCUUCAACACCGUUGCAAGUCUAAUUAGGGCCAAUGCAUUGCGAAAGGAGCAGAAGAAACUCUCUCUCCUUUCCUCAGCUGCCGCUUCCUCGAAGUAGUUACGCUGCUUGCCUGGCUCUCCAGCCCAUCUGAGACUCUCUCUCUCUCUCUCUCUCUCUCUCUCUCUCUCUCUCUCUCUCUCUCUCUCUCUCUCUCUCUCUCUCUCUCUCUCUCUCUCUC